CACGGGCAUUAUUAACCCAACUUCGCCUGCAUCUACACAUUGAAAGUACGCUGAGCGGAAGGAGAGAGAGAGAGAGCCAGCUCGGUUCUCUCUCUUCCAGUGCUGCUCGCUUUCGGUGUUCGGGCCACAAUCAUCAUCAUCCUGGAGACGAAACCACUUAGGUUAGGGAAUGCUGGAGUGUCUCCGGCAUCGCCGGCAAGCUCAGGAUCUCCAUCCCCAUCACCGACGACUCCAGGCAGCUAUAAUGCUCCUCCAGUCUCCCACUUCAACCACAAAAUGGCUGGGAUCCCGUGCGUGGCGGCCGCAUCCCGAUACACGGCUCCCGUCCACAUCGACGUCGGAGGCACUAUUUAUACGUCCUCUCUGGAAACCCUCACCAAGUUCCCUGAGUCUCGGCUGGCGAAGAUGUUCAACGGGACCAUCCCUAUAGUUCUGGACUCCCUGAAACAGCAUUAUUUCAUCGAUCGAGAUGGAAAGAUGUUUCGCCACAUUCUCAACUUCAUGAGGAAUUCCCGGCUUGUACUUCCCGAGGGAUUUGAUGAAGUCGACAUUCUCCUGGAAGAAGCCAAUUUCUUCGAGAUCCCGCGUGAGUCUCCCCUUCACAGAGCCUUCUCAGUCUGCUCAACGAUGAUGAAGCAACUGGAGGAGUACAAGAAACAGCAACGGGGGAGGUCGCUGAAGAUGGAGGGCGUUGGAGUGGCGAACGAGAAGAACGGGACACAUAAAGGGAGUUCCCUGUUGCAUCAACGAUCUACGUCCAGUUCGGACCUGAGCACCAGUGGCCCCGGUGAAGGAAUCGAAUGUGUGGCGUUGAACAUCUGCCCCGAUCUCGGGGAAAGAGUAAUGCUUUCGGGAGAGAGGUUGAUUCUGGAGGAGAUAUUCCCCGAGAUCGGUCAAGCCCUCCUGGAUGCACGGCAGAGUGUGGCCUGGAACCAGGACGCUCGACAUGUCAUCCGCUUCCCCCUCAACGGAUAUUGCAAGAUCAACUCCAUUCAGGCCAUUAAAAGACUCCUUGGUGCUGGGUUCCGGAUCGUAGCCAGUAGUGGUGGUGGCGUCGAGGGACAGCAGUUUUCCGAAUACCUCUUCUGUCGGAAAUCUACUCCACUAUGAGAUGCCAACAUCUUCACUCCCCAAUUCUCCCCCUUUUGACCUUGACCUUGCAUUAGCAUGCUCUUUCACCUCAAUGUUGAGUCUCGUCAGGAAAACCAAUCACAUCAAAGUCCGUGUGCCAAAUGGAGGACCUGAAGCCCUCGCUUUUCGUGCAAACGCGCUUGUGUCGUUAACACCAUCGGAGUCCCUUAGGGUUGAUAGAAGGAAACAGAGAGCGAAAAGAAAGUUACCUCAUUAAUUUUUUCCCCUAUUAGUUUUUACCUAAUAUGGAGAUAACUGCUGUACUUGAUUGUCUUCGUCUUGCCUAAUCUGCUUGUUGCUCGAGGAGCUUCUUGAGCCCUCUUUUGUCUUAGUCACUGAGAGACGUGUAGUGUAUGAGCGUCUCUCCCCAUUGGCCUGAUUGCUUCUUUUCUCCUAGUGCAAUUUCAAAGUUGACCCAAGUUGUGGCUCUGGUGUAAUCAAAGAUUUGCCGGCAUUAUAAUUUUUUCCAGCUACAGAUAACCAACGCGGCUUUCUUUUCGACUCCUGACAUUUCCAAUCGAGUGCAAAAUGUGAGAAAAUAUUUAAAACCGUUUAUUUUUCAUACCUCCAUACUACUUUUCCCCCCCUUGACUCAGUUAUUACCUAGUUAAGACUUACGAAAGGCUAAUGCUAAAAGGUCUAUUAGAAGUAUUGCUUUCUGGUUUUACGCUUACACGUUGACAUCGAUAUGCGUGUGAAGAGGCCAGCUGCAGACUGAUUUUUUCUUUUGUUGCCCAAGGUGCUUUGACAUUGUGCCAAAUCUGCAUUCAUGGAGUAGACAUCCUAGUUGAUCUCAUGAGAUGAGGAAGUCCAUGGAUUCAGAAUCUGGAAACCACCACAAUAUGGAGUGCGGAACUUUUUUUUCAAGUGCCAAUUUUUUUCGCCUCAGGAGGGUGCUUAUAUUACAGAGAGACAGAGUAAAAGCC